AUGAGUGAAAUCAACGAGUCCUUAAUAGAAGCACCUCUGAAAGCCUUACUUGAAGAGGUAUUGUUCUGCUUGGAAAGCUACUUGGAGGGUUAGAGUGACCUAAAGCUAAUUGAAAAUCAAUUAAAGGAUUACGACACAUUGCCUGGCCUAGUUAAAAUCAUCGGCAGUGUAUUCAAGACUUUGAUGAAGAAAGUCGAGAAAAAGAUGACUCUUCUUAAACUUAAUUUAAAUGAUAAUAGUUCUCAUCAAAGUUAUCACCCAGAAGAAGAAUAUGAAAAAUUGGAGCAAAUUAUACAAAAAUACGAAGCCGAAAUAAGAGGACAUUUUAGUAUCGAAUAAUAGCUUAAGCUUUAUAACGAUAGUUUGCUGUAGAAGAUAGAAGAUCUAGAGAAGUCCCAUAAGGAAACAAUAGAAUAAUUAAAUAAAAAAAUUUAUGCCUUAAAAAAGGAUCUCGGAAAGUCAACAGAGAGCUAUCGGUAACUUAUCAAAGAGAAUGAACAAUUACGAGAGUCAGUAGAUCAUCCACACAUUGUACAUACAGAUAGUGAAGUAAAUGGCAGGUUUUGUCAUUCAGAUCAUAGAUUGAAAAGAGCUGACUAUAGUAGUGAAUAUCCAGCAUCAAUUGCCAAUCUAUAUCCUUAGAAUUCUAUGAGAAAUUCUACACCUUUGAAAUCAUAAUCUCAACAUCAUAAAUAUGGAAAAUUUAAUAACUAAAUUUAGCGUAGGAGCGCUCAAGAACAAGAUUUAUUUACUAAAUAUAACCAACUGCUCAAAUAACAUGCUUAAUCUAUCUCUUAAAGAUCUUAGAUUAUUCAAGCAAGUCAAUAUUUACUAAAAGGAGGGUUCACAAAUAAUCAGAAGAACACUAGGAAUACUUUGAAUGUAAUUUCUGAUAUUUGCAAUGCCUAAUAAUUAAAAUCUUCUUAAAGAAACAAAAGUCAGGGCAGCAGUUCAAAGGCAGGAGGCAAUAGUUCUCAAAAUCAUUUAAUCUCUAACCAUAAGUCAGGACAUCAUAAGAUGAUAUCAGAUACAUCCAAAACUAAUGAAGCCAUUUAAAGAUUACUAAAACUCAAAUGA